AGCUCCCACAAGGGGGAAGGCUGGCUCGGGGCGUGCGCUCUUGUUGGCAGCUCCCAAAAAUACGCAGAGGGGCGGGGGGCAGAGGGGGUGAGAACACUAGACAGGAAGACUGAUCCAGAUCGAUGAGACCGAAGUAAAGAACCGCCAUCUCACUUUGUGACUUCAUAGCGUUUGUUUUUCGUUCAGUCUUUAAGCCUCAUUACGCAUACAGAUCCUCCCUCUCUGACACCAUGAAGAUGCCCAAAUGUUCACCCUGUGCGUCUCCCUGGUCCUCCCUGUGGCUGACAUCUUUUGUUAUUGUGGUGGUGCAGUCGGUGAUCUCUUCCUCGUACUCUUCCUCCUCCACGUAUCAGAGAACUGCAGCUGGCGGAAAGCGACCGGGUUUCUUGGGGAGGACGCUGGUUCUCCUGGAUGUCAACACCCGCAGUCCGAUCAGAGUCCUCAACGACAACUUCUUAUCGCUGCAGCUGGACCCCGCGAUCAUCAGAGACGGCUGGCUGGACUUCCUGAGCUCCAGGCGGCUCGUGACGCUGGCGCGCGGCCUCUCUCCUGCCUUUCUGCGCUUCGGCGGAAAACGAACCGACUUCCUGCAGUUCAACAACCAGAAGAACCUCGCCAAGUUCAGGGGCCCCGGUCCAGACUACUACCUGAAGAACUACGAGGACGAUGUAGUGCGCAGUGACAUUGCACUGGACAAACAGAAAGGCUGCAAGCUGGCCCACCAUCCUGACAUCAUGCUGGAGCUGCAGAGGGAGAAGGCUGCCACCACACAGCUCGUCCUUCUGAAAGAGCAGCUAUCUAACAUCUACAACAACAUUACAAUAACAGCCAGGUCUUUAGACAAACUGUACAACUUUGCCGACUGCGCUGGUCUGCACCUGAUCCUGGGGCUCAACGGGCUGCAAAGAAACCCAGACAACUCCUGGAACACAUCCUCCACACUGAGCCUCCUUAAGUAUGGUGCUGGAAAGAAGUACAACAUCUCCUGGGAGCUGGGCAAUGAGCCUAAUGCCUAUCGAAGCAUGGUGGGUCGUGCGGUCAACAGCACCCAGUUGGCUCAGGACUAUGCCAAGUUGCGGACCCUCCUGCAGUCUGUACGCUACUACAACCGAGCUCACCUUUAUGGACCAAACGCCGGACGACCCCGGAAGAAUGCAGUCCUCCUGCUGGAUGGGUUCAUGAAGAACGCCGGCUCAGUUAUAGAUGCAGUUACGUGGCAACAUUAUUUCAUGGAUGGCAGAGUAAAAAAAGCAGAGGACUUUCUAAAGACUCGCCUUUUGGACACACUGACAGAACAGAUUACUAAAGUCACCAAGGUUGUUAACACACAUACUCCAGGGAAGAAGGUGUGGCUGGGUGGACUUGGACCAGCAUGGGCCGGAGGCAUCAACAAUCUUUCUGAGACGUACGCUGCAAGCUUUCUGUGGAUGAACACGCUGGGUGUGGCCGCUGUGCAGGGCAUUGAUGUGGUUUUGCGGCACUCAUUCUUUGACUAUGGAUACACACACCUUGUGGGUCAACAUUUUAACCCUUUACCUGACUACUGGUUUUCUCUGGUCUUCAAGCGUCUGGUUGGUCCGAGGGUUUUAGCCGUUCGGGUGGCUGGACUCCAGAGGAAGCCCCAACCAGGACGAGUCAUUCGGGACAAGCUACGCAUCUAUGCCCACUGUACGAGCUACUACAACCCUAACUAUAUGAGAGGCUCCAUAACAAUCUACAUAAUCAAUCUACAUCGGUCGAGGAAGAAAAUCAAGCUGGCAGGGACGUUACGGAACAGGACGAUCCAUCAGUACCUGCUGCAACCCCAUGGCGAGGGUGGACUGAGAGCCAGACAUGUUCAGCUAAAUGGGGAAAAACUUCUCAUGGGCAACGAUGAGACAUUCCCAGACCUGAAGCCUAAAAUUCUCCGGGCUGGACGGACAAUAGCUAUGCCUCCAAUGACCAUUGGAUUUUAUGUCAUCAAAAACAUUAAUGCAUAUGCCUGUCGAAGAUAGCAACGACUCUUCACUUCAGAGCACACAAUCUCCAUAAGUUCUCUGGACUCAAAGGUCAAAAACCAAAUCAUCAGUGGAAAUGUGGUCAGUGCAGACACCUGGAAACACACAGAUUCUCUAGCUGAAUAACAGAUGGCUAAUGGAGAGAUUCUUUUAAGGGAAUAUUUAAACCACUUCUGAAAAGACUUUCUCACUAUGAUACAUAUGAAGUAUCAUAGUGAUGCACACCACCAGCAGUUCCUCAAAACUUAAAAGAUUUUAUGGGGUAAGUUAUUGUUUUUGGACUGUGACAUUUUCGUUUUGUGGUGCACAAAUUGGAAAAAAUUAUAAGCGUUGUUUGGUUUGACUAGGCUAUACUUUCUUCUCUUUAACUGUCCUUUUCCUCCCAAUCUUUCACUCACUGAAAGAAAACACAAAUACAGCUUUUCCCACAGAGAAAACUGACCUGGCCUAGCUAAAGUAUCUCAGCUUCUACUAACCCUGUACUGUGAGUUUAUUUGAUUGUUAAAUGAAUUUGAUAAAGCUACUGAUGUGUCUACUAAAAGGCUUAAAAGGCUUACAAUGAAAGUGUGAGGUUUUUUACACUUGGAUUAUUUUGAGUUCUUUUGCUUUAGCGAUGCAACAUUUUAUUUUAUCUGUAGAGUUUGAUAUCAGUGAUGUUGUUCCAACUCAUAUUGUUCCAAAGCUAAGGAACAAUGUGACGUUCACUUAACUCUGGGCUUACCUAAAAACUUCUUAAAUCCCAGUUUUUCAGGUAGUUUUAUAUACCUUUUCCAUUGAAUUGUAUAUUUUAUAAUCCCUACUUUUUCUAAUGCUGCUAGGUCACUUUUAUAUGGAAUAUAUCUUUGUACAGAUUUACAAUCAGAUAUUUUUUAGAUUAUGUAUUGUACAUAAAAAUUAUAAAGGAGAUUUAAGCUUGAUAUGUUAGAUUCAGUAUACAUUUAAUUUAUUAUCUAAGGUCUAUUAUAUUUCUAAUUUUGAAUGUCCAGUUCUGUUUUUGGUUCUAAUGGCCUGUUUUUAAAGAAAAUUCAACAUAUUGUGUUAUGCAAAACUAUGAAUACCCUUUAACUUUUCAUAAUUUGUCAUGUAAAAACCUCAAGUGCCCAUAUACAGCCAUGUUCAAUAAAUUAGAAUAUCCACUGGAUAAGGCUUGUUUGUCAGAUUAAAAGUACUUUUUGAAAGUAGCAAGUAUUAAACAAAUUUUUUAUUAAGCCCACAUUCCUGUUUUAAAGAUUUUUCUUCAUGCCUGCCUGAGUUAUUGUAAAAUUGACCUCAAUCAGACUGUAAACAGGUACCUGUUAACAUCAGAUUUCAAGCCUUACCAAAAAUCACAGUUCCCACACAUUGUCUGGACUUUGACUAGGCCUUUCGAACUAAUGACUAGCAUUGAUCUAAACCCUUCUAGCUCUGGCUAAAUGUUCAGAGUUUUUGUUCUGUUUGAAAGUAAACCCCUCACCAAGUCUCAUGGCUUUUGCAGACACACAUAGGUUUUCUCCCAGGAUUGAAUCUGUUUGGCUCCAUCCAGCUUUCUAUUAUAUCUAACCAGCUUCUAUAUAAGUGCUGAUGAAAAUUAUCCCCACAGCAUGAUGCUGCCACCAUAUUUUAUUACAACAGUCAUGGUGUGUUUAGGGUGUCAGUCUUCUACCACGCAAUGGUAGGCCAAUUUUAGUCUUAUAUGACCACAGCGCAUUCGUUCAUGUUUGAGGUGUCCCUAAAUGGCUUGUGACAAACUACUCUUCACUACUUGCCACUCCUUCACAGAGACCAGAUUUGUGGAGUGCACAACAAAUUGUUGAGCUGAGAAUGCCUGGUUUUAUAACCUAAUCCUGCUUUAAAGUUUCUCCACAGCUUUUCUUUGACAUAUCUGCUGUGUUCCUUAGUCAUCAUGAUGCUGUUCGCUCAUUAAUGUUCUCCGAUAAACCUCUGAGGCCUUCACAUAACUGUUGGAUUUAUACUGAGAUUGUAUUAUUUACUGGAAGGCUCUAUUUACUGACUAAUUAACUGACUUUUAAAGGCAAUUAGUUGCAGUGGAUUUCAUUAAGAGGUAAACAACUAAAAGGGGCUGAGUACAUAUUCACUCCACACUUUCAGAUUUGUUUUGUAAAGAAAUUUGAAAUCUGUGCAUAAUUUUUCCUUCCACCUCACAAUUAUGAGAUCCAUUGUGUUGGUCUAUCAAACAAAAAUCCCAAUAAAUUACAAUGAAGUUUGUGCUUAUAACGUGACAAAAUGUGAAAAGGUUUAGCUUUAGUGAAGUUUUCAUUGAGAAAGAAAUAUUAGUGGACUAAGAACAAAUGCUAGUGGGCCUAAUGAUAAAGUUCGCUUAAAUGUAUUUAACAAUGUUAUCACCAACUUAUUUCAACCUUAAGUUAGUAUUUGUUAGACUAAAACUGUGCAUCGCCUGGAAAGUGACUUGUCUACUGGUCCAAACCUAACAAUAACAGAUCAAGACACAAUGAAAGUUGAGUAAGAACUGGUUCAGUGUUCAGACAUGUUAAAUAUAAAUAAUAUUUGCUUCUGAAUGUGUUUAUACAUAAUGUAGAGAUGUUUAUAUAUUUUUUUUGGAGAGCAUUAUUUUAAUACGGAAAGUGCGCCUAUAUUAUUUUAUGUCUAAAAUAAAAGUUUACAUUGAUAAUAAAAACCCACUGAUAUUUUACUUAUCAA